GAAGCCAUCUCCAGGGCCCCCGAGCGUUGGCUGAGGACCGGAGCCAGCCAGUGAGCGGAGCCUGGGAGAGGGAGGAGCACAUCUUGAUGCAGAGAUGCUGCAGUGGCUCCGGGCGCGCUCACACACACGCGCCCUCACCCGCCACCGCCGCCACGGCCGCCGCACCCGGACAGCGAGCGGCUGAGGCCGGCAGGGCCCAGAGCAGGGCGGCCCAGGGGCUGGCGGCCCCACCGGCCCCGGCUCACCGACUCGGGCAGCGUCCACCUGCUCCAGCCAACACCCUUCUCUCGCCCAGGUCCUUUUCAGCCUCCAGCUGGGCUGUCCCCAAGCUGAGCUGAGGCUCUUCUCCUCCGAUUCCCACCUCCGCCCGGACACCCGCCAUGGGGACAGCCGCCAAGAGGAAGCCACACCUGCUGCUGGUAGCCGCUGCGGCCCUUGUCUCCUCUUCAGUAGCCACAUGUCAAGUUCUCAGCAGCCCCACGUGGCGACUGGUUACCACACUGAACAGUGCAGAAAAGGGAACAUUCCAGCAUCACAGAAAGUUUUACUGGACAGCACAGUCCAAGAGGCCAGGCUCCAGCCAGGCCCAGGCUCUGAGGCCUCUGGUGGUGUCAUCACCUGCAGCCUGGAGUUCAGCCCUGGGAUCCCCAACCACCUUCGGGCCUGUCUUUGAAGACCAGCCCCUCAGUGUGCUAUUCCCAGAGGAGUCCACGGAGGAGCAGGUGUUGCUGGCGUGCCGCGCCCGGGCCAGCCCUCCAGCCACCUAUCGGUGGAAGAUGAAUGGCACCGAUAUGAAGCUGGAGCCAGGUUCCCGUCACCAGCUGGUGGGGGGCAACCUCGUCAUCAUGAACCCCACCAAGGCCCAGGAUGCCGGUGUCUACCAGUGCCUGGCCUCCAACCCAGUGGGCACCGUCGUCAGCAGGGAGGCUGUCCUCCGCUUUGGCUUUCUGCAGGAAUUCUCCAAGGAGGAGCGAGACCCAGUGAAAACUCAUGAAGGCUGGGGGGUGAUGUUACCCUGUAACCCACCUGCCCACUACCCAGGCUUGUCCUACCGCUGGCUCCUCAAUGAGUUCCCCAACUUCAUCCCGACGGACGGGCGCCACUUCGUGUCCCAGACCACAGGGAACCUGUACAUUGCCCGAACCAAUGCCUCAGACCUGGGCAACUACUCCUGUUUGGCCACCAGCCACAUGGAUUUCUCCACCAAAAGCGUCUUCAGCAAGUUUGCUCAGCUCAACCUGGCUGCUGAAGACACCCGGCUCUUUGCACCCAGCAUCAAGGCCAGGUUCCCAGCAGAGACCUACGCGCUGGUGGGGCAGCAGGUCACCUUGGAGUGCUUCGCCUUUGGGAACCCUGUCCCCCGGAUCAAGUGGCGCAAAGUGGACGGCUCCCUGUCCCCGCAGUGGGCCACGGCUGAGCCCACCCUGCAGAUCCCCAGCGUCAGCUUUGAGGAUGAGGGCACCUACGAGUGUGAGGCGGAGAACUCCAAGGGCCGAGACACUGUGCAGGGCCGCAUCAUCGUGCAGGCUCAGCCUGAGUGGCUCAAAGUGAUCUCGGACACAGAGGCUGACAUUGGCUCCAAUCUGCGUUGGGGCUGCGCAGCUGCCGGCAAGCCCCGGCCUGCAGUGCGCUGGCUGCGGAACGGGGAGCCUCUGGCCUCCCAGAACCGGGUGGAGGUGCUGGCCGGGGACCUGCGGUUCUCCAAGCUGAGCCUGGAGGACUCAGGCAUGUACCAGUGUGUGGCAGAGAAUAAGCAUGGUACCAUCUAUGCCAGCGCGGAGCUGGCUGUGCAAGCACUUGCCCCUGACUUUAGGCUGAAUCCCGUGAGGCGUCUGAUCCCUGCAGCCCGUGGGGGAGAGAUCGUCAUCCCCUGCCAGCCACGUGCAGCUCCAAAGGCCGUGGUUCUCUGGAGCAAAGGCACGGAGAUUUUGGUCAACAGUAGCAGAGUGACUGUAACACCAGAUGGCACCUUGGUCAUAAGAAACAUCAGUCGGUCAGAUGAAGGCAAAUACACGUGCUUUGCUGAGAACUUCAUGGGCAAAGCCAACAGCACUGGAAUCCUGUCUGUGCGAGAUGCAACCAAGAUCACUCUCGCCCCUUCGAGUGCUGACAUCAACGUGGGUGACAACCUGACCCUACAGUGCCAUGCCUCCCAUGAUCCCACCAUGGACCUCACCUUCACCUGGACCCUGGAUGACUUCCCCAUUGACUUUGAUAAGCCCGGAGGGCACUACCGGAGAACCAGUGUGAAGGAGACCAUCGGGGAUCUGACCAUCCUGAAUGCUCAGCUGCGCCAUGGGGGGAAGUACGCGUGCAUGGCCCAGACGGUAGUGGACAGCGCAUCCAAAGAGGCCACAGUCCUGGUCCGAGGUCCGCCAGGACCCCCAGGAGGCGUGGUGGUGAGAGACAUUGGCGACACCACCAUCCAGCUCAGCUGGAGCCGUGGCUUUGACAACCACAGCCCCAUCGCUAAGUACAUCCUGCAAGCUCGCACUCCGCCUGCAGGGAAGUGGAAGCAGGUUCGGACCAAUCCUGCAAACAUCGAGGGUAAUGCAGAGACUGCGCAGGUGCUGGGCCUCACCCCCUGGAUGGACUAUGAGUUCCGGGUCAUAGCCAGCAACAUUCUGGGCACUGGGGAGCCUAGUGGGCCCUCCAGCAAAAUCCGGACCAAGGAAGCAGUCCCCUCGGUGGCACCCUCAGGACUCAGCGGAGGAGGUGGAGCCCCUGGAGAGCUCAUCGUCAACUGGACGCCCAUGUCACGGGAGUACCAGAACGGAGACGGCUUCGGCUACCUGCUGUCCUUCCGCAGGCAGGGCAGCACUCACUGGCAGACCGCCCGGGUGCCCGGCGCCGAUGCCCAGUACUUCGUCUACAGCAACGAGAGCGUCCGGCCCUACAUGCCCUUUGAGGUCAAGAUCCGCAGCUACAACCGCCGUGGGGAUGGGCCUGAGAGCCUCACUGCACUCGUGUACUCUGCUGAGGAAGAGCCCAAGGUGGCCCCUACCAAGGUCUGGGCCAAAGGGGUCUCAUCCUCAGAGAUGAACGUGACCUGGGAGCCCGUGCAGCAGGAGAUGAAUGGUAUCCUCCUGGGGUAUGAGAUCCGCUACUGGAGAGCUGGGGACAAAGAAGCUGCUGCGGACCGAGUGAGGACAGCAGGGCUGGACACCAGUGCCCGAGUCAGCGGCCUGCACCCCAGCACCAAGUACCAUGUGACAGUGAGGGCCUACAACCGGGCUGGCACUGGGCCUGCCAGCCCCUCUGCCAAUGCCACAACUAUGAAGCCCCCUCCGCGGCGACCUCCUGGCAACAUCUCCUGGACUUUCUCAAGCUCCAGUCUUAGCAUUAAGUGGGACCCUGUGGUCCCUCUCCGAAAUGAGUCUGCAGUCACCGGCUAUAAGAUGCUGUAUCAGAAUGACUUACACCUGACUCCCACACUCCACCUCACGGGCAAGAACUGGAUAGAAAUCCCAGUCCCUGAAGACAUUGGCCAUGCCUUGGUACAGAUUCGGACCACAGGGCCCGGAGGGGAUGGGAUCCCAGCAGAAGUCCACAUCGUGAGGAACGGAGGCACAAGCAUGAUGGUGGAGAAUGCAGCAGUCCGCCCAGCAGCGCACCCUGGCACCAUUGUUUCCUACUCUGUGGCGAUGCUGAUCCUCAUAGGCUCCCUGGAGCUCUGAUCUCAGCACCCCUCCCUCUGCGCCACAGCUGGAGGCCACCUCUGAUGGACACAGCCAGCCGGCCCCUUCCUGCUGCCAAGGUGGCCUGACACUGUGCCAGAGAGUGGCUGGUUUUAAAUACCUACUUUAAACAGUGCCCUUUUAGUAGGAGGUACGAUAUUUUAUAUCCUGCCACAGGAUAGAACCCACGCAAGGAUUUCCUUUAAAUCGAAAGGCACCAGGCAGUAACUUCCAAGACGACACUGACGCCGAUGCCUGAGUCCUCUAGGCUGCCUGAGGGAAGGAACAGGCCCAUGGGAAGAAGGGGGUUCUAAAAAUGUGUCUUCAAUUCAGCAGAGAUGGCUCUCUGGGACCCUAUGUGGACUCCACCACUUGAGAGCAGUCCUAGGUCCGGCGGGAACACCAGACAUAACAGGCUGAAGAGCUGGGGCGAAGGGCACACCUCAUCAUCCUUCAGUCUAAGGAGAAGGGCAAGCCCUGGGCCCAAGGACUCUCCUAUCUUCUCCUCUUGAGCAGCAGCAAGGACCCUGACGCUGUCCCCAGUGACGCCCUAGGGGCUCCUGCCUACCCAUGAGGCUGAGGACCAGUGCCCCAGUGCCUGAGUCUGGGAGCCUGAGCCCCUUCAGCUUUGAGGGGGUGAUACUCUAGGCUGCUUGGAGUGGGAGCUAAAAAGAGAUGAGAGGCUGGGGCCCUUGGUGGAAAGGGGCACCAGCCUUGGUCUGAGAGAGUCACAAUCCAGGUGACGUUGCCCUCUAAGCCAACACUGCCAACCUGACCCUGUCAUCCCCAGAGUGACAGUGCCACUUCAGGUGGCUGAGUGACUAAAGGGCUUGUCUUGGUGGGGUCCCCCACCCCUCCAAGACCCAUCCUGCACAGUCCCUCCAGGGUUGGCAGGAGAUGGCCAAUCAUGCACCUGCCUCUCCCUCCAGCUCUGCCUGCAGUCAGCUCGGCCUCCCCGACCUGCAGCCUUGACUCUGCUCUCCCAGCACUGACUCACUCCUGCCUGGGAGCGGAAUGCAGCAUUCGUGCUGUGUGUCCUGGAAUAGGAGGCUUCUGGGAAGGGCAGAGGAUACAUGUGGCCCUCCCUGCUCCCAGGUAUACCUAGGACCACCUGGCCAGGUCCACUCCCAGAGACCCUUGGACUGCUUGCAUUUCCCCAGAGGAAAAGGGGUUAAUAAAUGGGCCAUCCUUUCUUGAGUUCUGGGUAUACUACCCGUCACAGAACGUCGGAUCUGGAAGAGACCUUAGAGUUCAACUUCUCCAAGCCCCUCACUUUACAGAUGAGGAAAUGGAGGUGGUCCAGAGAGGGUCUGGGAUUCCCAAGGUCACACAGCCCAGAAGAGAUGGGGCUGGGUUAAGAACUUGAGUCACCCACCUUUUUGUUCAAGGCUCUUUGUCUACCCAGAGGAAGGAGGCAGUGCUGAAUGGCUAUGGCCUGGCUAAGAAGGUGGUCAGCCAGUGGGGUAUGAAAAUUCUACUUCAAGGGUAGAUUGGUGAUCAUAGGGACUGGCAUGGCUGGGUUCCCGUCCAAGGUGUGGGCAGAUUCCAGGAGGCAUCCAGUCCUUCUUGGCCUUCCGAGCCUAGCGUCUGCCUAACUUCAGCAUGCAGUGCUGACUUAAAGCCCCUGUCCCUCUCACUCUUGCCCCAAGAAAAGAGGCCAAAGCAAGGGCAGAUUCCUUAGGCAAGAGCAGCACAACCAGGAAACCCCACAGCCCAUGCUCUGACAGGUGGCCCUUCGCAGGGAGCAGUGGGACAGGCGUCUUGAAGGGCACAUGUCCCCGGAAGCUCUGAGCCUGUUUUCUGUAGUUUACAGUUAGAGCUCUAUUUUGUUAUGGUUUUUUAAACUUUUAAGUCCUGCUCUAUUUUCCUGGGCAGGUUUAUGUUGAUGUUUAUCCACUACAAUUUUUAAAAAUAUAAGCUCACAUGCCUUUUCCCUGCCACCACCAAACCCCCACUACACCCUACCCACCCCCCAACCCCCACCCAGGUCAGCUUUCCUGGAGCUGGCUAAUCAAAUCUUCCUCACCUCUUCCCAAGAAAGGGUGCUAGGGGCUCAGCUAUGUGACCAUUCUUCCCGACAGGGAGCCCAAACUUGGCCUAGCAUCCCUCCUGGUCCCCCUCUGGCCAUGACGUGGCCUGUGCCUGGUUCUCUAUCAGAAAGGGAUUGCUGAACAAAACUUCCUUCCAAGCUUUAGCCAAUUCCUUCCUUACUGCCUCGGGCUGCGUCACAGGAAGAGGACAGGUGUCCAGUUGCUGGGCUGAGGGAGGAGCUGGUUUGGCAUAGGACCUAACCAGUGAAGCCGGAGCCUGCAGCCCCUAAGCUUGCUUGAGGCCAAUGAUACUUAACGCAUAACUAAGUACCUUAAUGCUAAUGAGGUCCACUAAAAAGGGGAGGAAGGCGGACCUGCUGGGAGACCCACAAAGGGGUUUUAACCAGGGAAAACUGAGCCCCAGGAAAACCUAACCACUGUGCAGAUAGAAUUUGUUUGGGGGAUAAAACUACAACAAAACAGAUGUUCCUGCAGCCUGAGAUCUCAGGUAGGGUACUAAAUAAGGUUUAAUAAGACGGUAGGUGACCUAAGGACAUGCAAGCUUGUAAAAUGCAACAGCCUCUUGCUAGAGCGAUAUGUACAUGAACUUGCUUGCAGAAGACUAGAUUAGAUGCUUCUCAGAAUCCCCUCCUGCCCAGGGGUUCUCUGAUUUCUGUGUUCUCUGCUCAGAUGGGCUGGGGGAGUUGAGAGGGUGGCUCAUUCUUGCUGUGGUCAUGAGACCACGGUUCUGAGUUAUCUCCUCUCACACAUCAAGCCCCAGCAAGGCAGCAAGAGGGAGAGCUACAAACAGUAUUUUACCCCACAACUUAGUGGCCGGCAAACGCCUUGGGGACUAGGGUCGGGAACAACCCGUAAGCACGUCUUCAGGGCCCAGGGAGACAAGUGCCCUCUGUUCCGCACACAUUUGGGCUCCCCUUACAGAGCGCUUUGCCCUGGCUCCGAGGUCCCUGUUGCUCUAACAGGUCCAGGUGUAUACCCAGCCUCAGGGGGAGGGCAUCUCUCUCCAGAUUGAGUUUCAGAGCCCAGCAAGGUCAGGUUAUCUGCUUUCAUUCAGGGUUGUGAAUGAUACAAAUGGUGCCAGGGAGUGGCAAGGCCAUGGGGGUAGGUGGGGGGUGAGUUUUUCUUUUCAUAAGGUAACAACAGUAGAGACUUGGGCCAGACAUCAGAAAAAACUUCCGGAAUGACCUUCCACCUUCCAGGAGGCCCUGGAAUAAGAGGCUUCUUUUUUAGGGAACUUUGAGGAAUUUUGAAAGCUGUUGAUAGGGGGUCUAGGAUCGGUGAAGCUGUGACUGGAGGGAUAGGAGAUGCUCCAAGUGUCCAUCCAGAGAUGAGACUCUUAGAAUCAGUGUUUGGUGCAGGAAGCGUCUUGGAGAUCCCAUCUGCUGUGGCCCUGCACCUUAGAGGAGGCCAUUAAGGGGACUCACCUAGGAAUUCUGGUUAUAGCCCAGUGCUUAGCCCAGCAUAUGCUGCCUCUUUAGGGCACCCCAAAGACCAGCCAGCCUGUACUCUGGGCAAGAGCCCAAGAGGGCUAAGAAUGUUUGACUCCCUCUACCUCUCCCCCAGCUAUAGAGGAAUCUUUUCUCUGCCUGGUGUCAGAAUGGGACUGCCAACUGCCUCGUCCGUCGGAGACACAGUAUCCUCAAACCUGUGGCCACUGGCAUGACAGUGGUGCUGUCUCCCUGGGUGAGACCUACCCUAGGCUUCCUCCUGGAUGUGAUGGAGGUUGCCGGAGAGGCUCUUAGCAUAAAAUGGAUUAGAUGGGCAUUUUUCUAUGUGCUUCCAAAAAGCUCCAUGGAAACGGGCACCUGGUAGCUGUGGGACACCUGUGGACUUGUGUAUAUGGUCAUAGGCUUUGGGAAGACAAGACAUAAAGGAAAAUGAGAGAAACAAAAUGGGUCAGAUAGCUUUGGCCAGAGCCCCAGACAGCCUAUGUGGCCUGUGACACUUAGUGCCUUUAGAUGGGAUACAUCUUGCCUCGGCCCCAAGACUCCUCCAACUUACCUGUCCCAUCCAGGGCCUGCACAGCUUAGAGAGGCUCAUAGCUUGGCAAAGGCCAGGGCUUCAUCGGCCCACCGACUUGACUCAGUGUUUGUAAAAAUGGAACCAUUCCCACUGGCCUACUGUUUCUCUCUUGUACUUCUUGUAAUGAUAGUUAUUUAUUGACUGUGGUAGCAGGCAGUUCUUAAAUAAAGAUGGUUUCUCAACCCGUU